UCUUAUCCACAAGAAAACCGCGGGAACGUGUGUCAACAAUAGUGUCGUGCAUGCUGAGGGGAACGAAAGCACCGGUUUGUUUGCCUACUUCGUCCAGCAGUAUCUUCCGUUUUUGGAGAAUUCCAGCUGUUAGAUAUAAAAUGUCUGUAAAGUCCAAACGUCAGAGAUGUGUUGGGUCAUCCUGUCACCAUGGUCCUACCAACACCUACCAUGUGAGCUCACCUGUUGGCACUAUGGAACUUGUGAGCUGUCCUCGUGGACUCCACUACAUGUCACAGACAGAUGAAACUGAUGAAUAUUUUACACCUGACAAAAGUAUUGAGGUGAUGGUGACGUCCCAGAAGUAUCAGGACAACGGUUACACCUACAAACCUCUCCUACUGGGCGUGGACUGGCUAAGACACUACUUCAAAGGACAACACAAGUGCCAGGUGUCGCCCACAAUAUGUGCAUCUGUGUUCAAGGAAGGAUCUUUCACAGCCAAGGUCUGGAAGACUCUGCCAGAGAAGGUGAAGUUUGGACAUAGUGUUUCCUACACCCAGCUAGCAGAUUUAAGUGGAAAUAUAAAGGCAUGUCGUGCAGUGGGCGCGGCCAUGAAGGCUAAUCCCAUACAGCUCAUUAUCCCCUGUCACCGUGUUUUGCCGGAGGGAGGUGGUGUUGGCAACUACAGUGGUGGCAAUAAGAACAAGAUGAAGCUGUGGCUUCUCAAACAUGAAGGAGUUAUAAAGUGAGAGGCUGGAGGCAUGUUACGGUGGACAUCUGUAUAAAGAAAUCUGGUUAAUUCUUAUUGUAAUGAUCGGAUGGAAACGAGAUUAUGUAGACUGUGAUAAAAGGUAUGAUUAUUACCAAGGAAUCCAUUGACCUGAUAUUUGAUCAGAACAAAGUGUCUGGACAUAGCAUGCAGCUGGCUAUUGUGUAACCGUGGGUACUUCGUUUCUUAGGCAUUUUCCUAAAGGAUAGGUAUUUUGCUUUGUAAUUUUGAGUUAGAGCAAUAAGAUACCUCUUAAUUAACCUUUUCCAUUAUAAUGAAUCACGACAGAAGAGUUCCUGUUUGUAAGAUAAUUCAGUUUUACAGGACAGGAAUUAUUCUUUGCAUUAUUUGAAAAUAUAUUUUUAACAAAGCAGUGUUAAACACUAACUGUUUUUGCUUGGUAGUCCACAGGACUAGUUAAAUAGAUUAUUUACUAGUCCUUCGCUAAUGUAACUAGUCCAAAAUUUCCUGAUUAUCAGGAAACAGGGCGAUUUACAGCAUGUUAAAUUUAAAAAAAAAAAAAAUCUUAUUCUAUAUCAAAUUUCACAAGUCCAAAGGACCAGUUAG